AUGUGUGUGUGUGUGUUUGCUGACUGAAAUUACGCUGUGACUUACCCAAGCAAUUGUAGAUGCCCAUCAUUACAGGCGGAGUUGAUAUUGAUACUCGCGCACCGUCGCUCUUCUCUACACAGUUAUUUCUUAACAUGUUCAGUGACACUUUGCAGAGAGUGAAUGUGCAUUGAUUUGAUGAUAAUGCAUUAGAGCCGUUAUAGGCAGAAUUGUUGCUUUUUUCACCACCGAAUUUCGCGCGUGACCAAUGUUGCACGUAUUUUUCCUAAUGCGCUUUUACCCAAGUGUAGCCUAUGUGUACAGGCAAUGUUCACUCUCAGGCUUCUGAAGAUGCCUCCGCAAUUUGUGCCUCAAUAAACCAAGACAUAUUACCAAGAGCCGCGUAGCUCAUUCAGUAGGCAUGUACACGGAAUUAUAAAUUAUAGGGAUAGGCGGUGUGCGCUUAUUCUCAGCAUGUCUAACUUUCGUGGCUCAUCCCUGGCCGUCAUUCGAGUUACAUGCAAGGACAGGGAUGACUCCAAAACUGCGACUACCACCUAAAACAUCACGGCCCGCUGAUUUUAUAUUGGAGAACUUUGGACUUUUCAGCUGUGGAUACCAACCAAAAAGCGCUGCACAUUUGCGCAGUGAUUCCAACUUUCUAGUAGGCCUAAUUAAAUUAACUAGGUUUGUGGAUGCAGGACGGAUGGUUGUUCAAGCUCUCUCAUGCCAGAAAACCGGACAAGAAUGUGGCAGAAUCACUUUUUGGAAACGUCCAAUAGAGAUUUCGUUGUCGAGUCGACACUGGAUUAAGUUCUUGAAAAUAGACGAGUGUUAUGCGUCUCAUGCUUGUUUCCUUUACACGAGGGCUGUGAGAGCGAAGGAGGAAUGCUUGUCCGAGAGAAAUUGCCGCUCAUUUUAGGUUUUUCGCAUUUUGUUUUUGGUCACUGCUUUCUAACGUCGUUUUUACUUUUUUUCCAGUUCACUCAGGGAGAGCCCCAGAGUUCAUGUGCGCGGAACGUGGCAGAAAGGGCGGGUGAGAGCUGCCAGCUGGCGUGCCAAUGUAGACCCUACCCUCCCCUGCCGCCCCCGCCCCCACCUCCGCCACCCCCCAGACUUCUGGUCUUCACUGUGGCUCCCUCCACAGUGCCUCCCACGAAGCCGUGGUGGAAGGAGAUCGUGGUGUUGGGGACGGUGGGCUGUGCCUCGGUUGCCUUCCUCCUGUUGAUGGUCAUCAUCUGCUAUAAGGCCAUAAAGAGGAAACCCUUACGGAAGGAGGAGAAUGGAACAAGCCGAGGGGAGUACGCCAUGAGCUCGCGCAGCAAGAAGACGGUGGACACCAACAACACAGGGGUGUAGGAAGUGCCCAGAUAGAAGGAUCACGGCAACCACAACCCCAAACCACUAGAAAUUACAAGAAGACCUCCUUGACUUUGAGAAGGCAGGGGGGCUGGUAGGAGGGAGAGUAUGAACUUGCAAUCCAACAGCAAAUCAUGCUUCAGGCCAUUGUGGGAACAUAUGAAAGAGAGCUUGGCCGAAAUAGGUCUGUGAAAGAGAAUAGCAUUGAUAAAGAUAUUAAUCCGGGUUUGGAACUCAGUAGCUGACUCCUUCACACGCAGGGCUUGAGGGCUUAGCACUGGAAGCCUUAACGGGAUGGCUCGUCUAGAGUKGACUCGAUGUCUAGCGGGCACUCGAUAACAGCUGCCAGCACAUUGGCCAAAUCUGUAAGUCCAUACAUCACCUUGGAGACCCCUAAGUGGACAGAAGCGACACGAAAUACAGAGGAUAAAAAUAUCGCAUGCACUUUCUGUUGAAUGCAAUGAUUUCUGUCUUUCUCUUUCUGCACUUCCCGCAACCCUCCACAUUUCAUUGUCUUAUUCCCCCCCUUCCCCUUCCUCUCCUGCCUCUGAAGGUUUCCUGAUGACUGAGGCACAAAUCAGCCUUUUGUUAAUUGACAUUCUCCUUGAAACACAAAACCAUGUUGAUGGACAAGGAUUGCAGUGGUCUGUACACCAAAAUAUGACAAAAGAAGAACUGUCAUCGUGAAGAGUUCAGUGUAUUGCUUUUGGUCUCUGACUAUGCAAUUUGAAAGGAUAUGAGAUAUGUUCCCAAGGGUUGUUUCCUUAUUAUGAAAAUAGGACAUGAGAGUGUCCAAKGCCGAUCAGUUAUGGAUUCUGUUUAGUGCUUUCCGACGCAGAUCUGCAUUUGAAUUUCUGUAGUAUGUGUACUACACUAUGUCUAGGCUAUAUUAAUCAAUGAGAGAAUUCAGCCCAUAGAAAUACACAUAUGUGAUUCAAAGAGUUUCUACAGGGGCUAUAUUCAAUGUGGAUUUAGCAAUAUGACAUCAUGAUGCACAGCGGAGCGACUUCCUGCUUACAGAAAUGUGGGCAUGCCUCAAGAGGGGGCUCAAAUCGGGAAGAGCCAAUAGCGGCAGUCUUUCAAGUGUGUUCGUUUGUUAUUGCCCCGCUGUGUAUGAUGAUGCAAUAUUGCUGAGUCUACCUUUAAGAAAGGUAGAAUUAACCUUUUUUUUUUUUUUUUGUGUAAGUAUAUGUUUCACCCAAAAAUGCAUUCUGUACUUGUUUUUCUCUUUUGUCAAAGUCUCUAUUGUAAAGUUUGGCUCCAGGAUUCAGUCUUCUGGAUUUGGGUUAAUGACCUACACCUUUUAAAUGCACUGAAGACUUUGGAUGUUAGCUUUGCCUAUGGGCUUUCCACCCUUAACAAAGCCAGGGUUCAGCAUUUCAUUAAUGGCUAACCUGCAGUUUCUACCCUAAUAGUCUACUGGAUAAAUAUCUAAAGGACAGUUAUAAAAUUACUGCGCAGGAGGGGCGCUCCAAAAUAAGGGAGGGGUGUGUAACUUUUUUUUGUUGCUUUGGGAAGGGUUGUGUCGAUUUUUAUUUGGCACAAGGGAGGGUAUUGCAUUUUUCCCCUGGUUUACAUUUGCUGUUUUGCAGGUUUUCUUAUAUAAUUUAUUCCAUCCUAGCAAACUUUACCCAUCUGCUUUACCCAUCCUUAUACACUAGCCUAYGCCACAGUACCCACAUUGGUUGCCGCCGUCGGCUCUGGGCUCAUAUUCGUCACACUCGUAYCUUUGAUAUUUACCUCUCCAAAGGCCACAAAACAACAUGUUCGAGUGCUUCCAUGAAAGCUUUGUGGUGCAGAAACGUGAAGCGGAAGCCACGGURCAAUCAAUCAGGAGGUGGACAGCACAUGGUGAUGAAAUUAUGCUGAAUUGAGUAAUUCAUUUCAACUAAUUAACUAACAACAACAGAUCUUUGUGUUGAAGCCUAUUUCAUCCUAUUUAAGAAAUAUAUGGUAGGCCUACCUGUUUUAACAGACGAAAUUUAAAGCUAUCCAUAGAUUUGUCGGCCAAUUCCUCCAAUAGUGUCACCACACCUUAAAUACCUCUGUGUCCGUGAAUGGCUUGGUCUGUUAAGUUAAAACCAGUGCUCGAAUUGAAGGGGCAGGCCUAUGUGAGGGUAUGCCAUAGCCUACUUUCUUGUUAAAGAAACUGGCAAAAAUCAUACCCCUUGUUAGCUUAAGAUUUGGAAUAAAUUAAAACGGAUUCUGCAUAUAUAAAGUGACUUUAUAACAAUGUUUUUCUCCCCGAUGCUUUAUGCUAGAAACAAGCUGCAAAAUGCCCAAAGACGCAACUCCGGUGCAUAUGGGGAAUAUCUUUGGGUUGUCUCUGUCAUUCAGAGGUUGAGCUAUGAGGUUUUAUAGCYGAGAAUAUAUAUAGUUUUUCUUUGCUUGGGAAGUAAUCUAAUAGGCCUACAAUGUGUAACUCUGUCGCUACCAAUUGAGCUAUUCACUUUCUCUAAAAGGGAAGAUUUUUAAACCCAGGCAGUUUUUAGGGAURUGGUUGUGACCUUCUCUUGUUGGGUUAAGCCAUGGAAGAGCAGCCAGCAGUUAAAGCUUACAUUUUYUCUGUCUGGGGUGGCAAGUAGGCUACAAUGCUUAGAAUCAUAUGACAUCUUAGAUUUAAUUAUUUGCAAGUAGCGACAGUUUAGUUGCAAACAAGACACACUGGUUUAGCAUCGGAGAAAUGUGGUAAGUUGAAUACAUAUCUCUCUGUCCAUUCUUCCCUGAAACUUCUAUUUUCUAAAUCUGCCUUUCUUUUGGGACAUUUUGGGAGCGACAGUUUCUCUUGCAACCAAGCUGAUUGUUUUGAGCUAAUAAAAAGUAGGGUAGGUUACCUGUUUUUCCCCAAUCAUCGCACAAAUAAAUAGACAUAAGCUACAAAACUAAUUCACUAGUGACAUUUUGGGCUAUAUUCAAUCUGCGAUAGAAAUGUAAAGGUAAUUUUCGAUUGAGCUGACGAAUGCAGAGUUUACCGUGAACAUUGCCUUUAAAUUUCAAUCACGAUGUAAAGCUGAACUUCCACGAUGCAGAUUGAAUAGAGCCGUUUAUCUACAUGAGUAUGUUAUUGUCAUUGAAUUAGUGAUGUACUAAACAGAUGCGUUCAAAAUGGUGUUCAAAAUAGUGUAGGCCUAUGAAUUGGGCUGCUAUKAUAUUGUGUUCUGGCCCGACGACUAUUAGCUCAGAAAAACUGAUAUUAAAAAAUAUAUUUUGCUAAUAUCUUCAGUCAUGUACAUUGACUAGAAUUGCAUGAAAUGUCUUUAUAAAAGGAACUUUUUUUAAUCUGACCUGCAAAUACGAUGAUAGAUGCAUACACCCCCUGAUGGUAUUAAGGAGGUAGGCCUACUUUGUCACUAUUACUGGGGUUGUAAUCAUUAUUUUGAGUUAAUUCAAUGAAGGGGGAGGGUAUUUAAUUAUUUUCAAUUACAAGGGGAGGGUCAUGUGAAAAUAUGUUUUAUGUUGGGGAGGGGGGUGCAUUUAAAAAAAAUGUUAAUGACGUCUCGAGUUGGACCCCCCCUCCCAUGCAGUAAUUUUCGAACGGUCCCUAAUAGCUACCGCAGUAAAUUACUCCACCUACAAUAUGUCUGGUACUGCAUUGUUUUCAAGGUGUGUUUCCUAAAAGCUUUGUAGCUAACAUGGUUGAUUAUUUCUCAAAGUCAAUGUACCCAAUAUCAUCAUGAAUUAAAUGUCAUGCUCAAAUCAUCCCAAAGUCUCCAAAAAGGGAUUGUGUAGCUCAAUGACUUGGUGAGAAGUCAUUGACUUGGUUAGAAGUCAUUGCUAAUAUUGCAUUUGAUGGGAAAAUGCUGUAAGCCGAUAGUGGUCAGUAGAUGCAUAAGCAAACUGAUUACGGUUAGGAAGGUUAGGAAGCAAACAUGUCAUUUUGUAAUUUGGUUGUACUAUCCCUUUAAUCUACGUAAACAUUGGGAACAUUUUGACGUGUAUCAUUUUUUCCCCCCCGAAUGAUCUGCCCGUGGUUAGAUCAAAAAGUUAUAUUUCUUCUGAAGAGUGAUUCUUCCAAUCCCUCUCUCCCUAAGGAUACACAGCUUUAGUGGGCUGUAGGGAAGUGGGUCAUAAUAGGUUAACAUGCUGAAAUUCAACAUACAUUAAAAUCAACAUUUAUUCAUAUCAGAAGAAGAGUCAAAUACAAUGAUAACAGAGCUCAUAGAUCAUCAUCUUGCACACAAAGCUAACUGUCUGUAUGUCCAAGCUGUCCUUCCUCCUUCAUUUCAUGCUAAAAAAGAAACCAUACUGGACACACUCAUUGCAUAGUCUAUACCUACAGCCCAUACCUACGGUUAACUCCACUACAUGAACAUAGUUGUGUAUUAUAAUGUACAAAAUAAGUAUAACAAAAAUAGCAUGAAUGUAAAUAUCAGUAUUUAAGACUUGUCUUCUUGACUGUUUAUCGUGUGUACAGAGUAAAUAACAUACUGUAUGUUUAUAGGAUUAAAUAUUAAGAAACAAAAUGUUGAUAUGCUACCAGUCUGAGUUGAGUAAAUGUUGUUGUGUGUCUGGAACAAGCCAUUAAUGUAUAUUUGAGUAAUUAAAGGUUGUUGCACAAUGUAUGCAUCACAUACCAAAACAAUAAAUAUAUACAGUGGGGAGAACAAGUAUUUGAUACACUGCCGAUUUUGCAGGUUUUCCUACUUACAAAGCACGUAGAGGUCUGUCAUUUUUAUSAUAGGUACACUUCUACUGUGAGAGUCGGAAUCUAAAACAAAAAUCCAGAAAAUCACAUUGGAUGAUUUUUAAGUAAUUAAUUUGCAUUUUAUUGCAUGA